CUCACAUGCCUGAGUGCUAUUUCUCAUCUUGCUAAUUUUUCAAAUUGAUCGUCAAACGUUGAGUACACACGAAGGCGUGAUGGGCUGAUAGAUAUACUAGUACAAAGUGGAUAACUUCAGCGUCUACCAUUGGCUCAAACCUUAAGGGGGAACAGGUCGGUUAAUAAUAACGGAAGCGAGACGAGACUCUAAGGCUUUCUCUGCCCAGAAUCGCGUCCAAGUUAAUACUAUCUCAGCAGCACAAUGAACGCAAGUCAAACUAACUCGACACUAAGUCAGCUCUUAGCUGCUCGUCCUGACUGGCAGGUCUGGCUAGAGUCCGUACUUCUUUGCCUGAUCGACGCAGUGGCUCUAAUUGGGAAUAUAAUUGUGUGGUUGGCUGUCAUUCGAAAUCCAAACCUUCGCAAGUUAUCAACAAAUUUAUUUAUUCUAUCCUUGUCUUUCUCUGAUAUCCUCAUGGCCUGUACAUGUAUGCCUCUGUCUUUGGCAGUUCUUUUCCAAGGAAAGUGGUCACUAGGAUCGAUUGCCUGUCAAAUUCACGGAUUGUUCUAUUUCGUUCUCGCAUUUGUGUCUCUCGAGACGGUCGCGCUCGUUGCUGUCAAUCGAUAUAUCAGCGUUGCCAAGCCGAGAAUUUAUCGAUCGCUUUUCACCUACAAGAACUCGUUGACGAUGAUUAUAUCCAUAUGGAUUAUAUGUAUCUUCUACGUGUGCAUAUUUGCGGUGUUACAAGGUCCCGUGUUCUACUUCCACGCCGGCAAGCUUAUCUGCCAUAUCAGGCUUCACGAUAUGGCUUACAAGAACACCUGGAACAUUAUCACUGGGCUGUUAUUUGCAUUACUGCCAAUGGCAACUCUGUUUCUGUGCUACUUCAAGCUGUUUCGCGCGGUGCGACGGCAUAAUAAGAUGACCGUUCGUUCUCUUCGAAGACACUGUACCCUAAACUCGAGUAACCACGAGGAGAUCCGUAUAACUAAGGUUAUCCUGGCUAUCAUGGUAGGGUUUUGUUGUUGCUGGGUGCCCUCGUUUGCCAUCGCAUAUCUCCGGCUUAUAGAUGCCAAACUAGUUGAAACACGAACGCCACACCUCAUCUAUAUAUACUUGGUGUAUAGUUCAAGUAUGAUCAACCCGAUUAUUUAUGGUAUCUUAAACCGGACAUUUCGCACGGAAUUUAUUAAGAUACUCAGCUGUAAAAGAAGCGACGUCCCGCGUCAGACAAGCACAGAGGCGAUGGAAAUGAAAAAACUUCGCCUUUCUCGGGAAAGCAGUCACAAGAUGUCAUUACGGAGCAUAAAGAACUGAAAGACAAGUCUUGCCUGUAGAGAAUAUAUCAUAUUCUCAUCCAUUAUGUUGAUGAUCCUUAUAACUUCUUCCUUUCCUUACAGUUCCUUGUAAUAAUAUUCAAAAGAGAAAUGUUUAGGGUAAAUGAUUGAGAUAAGAAGAUCAUGUCUACACGUGUAUUAAUUAUUAAGAUUUGUUUCGAAGGAAAAGUUAUUCAACCCAUAAAAAUCAUCUUUUGACUUAAGCACCAUCGGACGUCGUCGUGAUACAGCGAGAAUGUGCGACGCCCUAUUAUUGCAGCGAAAUACAGAGAACAGAGGCCUCUGCUAUCUGGGUACCAUUUACUGUACCCCUCUUUUUUGUAUUUCAAAAUAUUAGUUAUCCAUACAGUCGUUCUAGGUAAGCUAUUAAACUUUCAAAAUACUCUCAACAUGACGAAAUUAAUAAAAAAGCCAUUUUAUGA